AUGCGUAUCAGAAAAUAUCCUGAUCCCGAGCAACUGGAGCUAGGGAUUCCUGGCAUUCAAGACGAAACGCCGGUUCCCCAAAUCAAACAGGAGGAGCCUGAACCCCCUCAGCAGCAAAGGAGAGAAAAGCAGCUCCCAAUCAAAAAGGAGAAGGAAGAGCCGCCGUAUGUCGAAGAGGCGGAAGAUAUUAAGUCGACUCGUGAAUCCCAAGCAAACCUCCUCAUCCCUCCACUCUCAGAUAGUGACGAUGCCACGUCACCAUCCCCUUACACCAAAGAUCACGCUGACAAAAGCUGGGAAUGUGUUCAGUGUGGAAAAACUUAUGGUAAAAAGUCAACUUUGACAAAGCAUAUGAGAACCCACACUGGGGAGAAAGCUUUUGCCUGCACAGUUUGUGAGAAAAGAUUUACUCAGAAGGGUGAUUUGAAAAUACACACAGUGACCCACACUGGUGAGAAACCAUUCUCCUGCUUAGUUUGCAGUCAAAGAUUCUCUGUAAAAGCAAAAUUAGAAACACAUGCAAGAACCCACACGGCAGAAAAACUUUUUUCCUGCUCGUUGUGCGGCAAAGGAUUCCCCGCAAAGGCCGAUUUAACAAAUCACACGAGAACCCACACCGGGGAGAAACCUUUUGUCUGCUCGUUUUGCGGCAAAAGAUUCACGCAAAGGGGACAGUUAACGCAACACACGAGAACCCACACUGGAGAGAAACCUUUUUCCUGCUUAAUUUGCGGUCGAGCAUUUUCCAAAAAGCAAACAUUAGCAAGCCACACGAGAAUCCACACUGGCGAGAAACCCUUUUCUUGUUCAAUUUGCGGUCAAAGAUUCACUCAGAACGCAAACUUGAAAAUGCACUCGAGAAGCCACACCGGCGAGAAACCUUUUUCCUGCUUGCUUUGUGGUCAAAAAUUCACUAAAAAGGCCAGCUUACAAACACACAACAGAACCCACACUGGCGAGAAACCAUUCACCUGCUCAGACUGUGGCCAAAGAUUCACUCGGAGUGACAGCUUAAAAGUUCAUAAGAGAAUUCACACAGGAGAAAAACCUUUCUCCUGCUCAGAUUGUGGCCAAACAUUCACCCAGAAGGAAAGCUUAAAAAUACAUCAAAGAACCCACACGGGUGAGAAGCCUUUUUCCUGCUCACUUUGUAAUCAAAGGUUCACACAGAAGGGAAAUUUAGAAAUACAUAGGAGAAUACAUAGCAUCAGACAAUGUCUUGACCCAGAGUCUCCCGGCGUUAAAGAGGAAGUGGAGCUCAUCCAAAUCAAACAGGAGGAACCUGAGCCCCCUCGCCAGCAAAAAAGAGAGGAGCAACUCCCCGUCGAAAAGGUGGAGGAAGAGACGCAGUCCAUUAAAAUGGAGAAAGAGGAGCAAGAUAUCACCAGUUGGACUGGUGAAUCCCAAGCAGACAGCCUCAUCCCUCCGCUAUCAGAUAGCGACAACACGUCGUCACACUUGCCUAACAACGAAGAUUUGGAAAAGCAUAUGAAGAGCCUCACCGGAGGAAAACCAUUUCCCUGCUCAUUUUGUGGCCAAAGUUUCCGUAAAAAGGGACACUUAACAGAACACACGAGAAUCCACACUGGAGAGAAACCAUUCGCCUGCUCAGAUUGUGGCCAAAGAUUCGAUCGGAGUUUAAAAUUACAAAGACACAUAAGAAAGCACACGGGAGAAAAACCUUUUACCUGCUCAGCUUGCGGUAAAGGAUUCGCUAAUAAGUCGGAUUUAAUAAAGCACGCAAGAACGCACACGGGGGAAAAACCUUUUGCCUGCUCUGUUUGCGGUCGAAAAUUCACUUGGGAGGCCAACUUAAGAAUGCACGUGAGAAUUCACUCUGGUGAGAAACCUUACGCCUGCUCAGUUUGUGGUCGAAAAUUCCUUCGGAAGUACGCCUUGAAAAUACACACGAGAACCCACGCUGCCGUGUUUGCUGUGUAA